AUCAUAAAACCUUCCACCUCCAAUCUCUUUCUUCCUCUAUAUAUGUGAUUACACACCCCCAUGGAUUCUUCUGUGUGACUUUCUGAAAGUGACUGACCCCAACUUCUCCUUCUCCUCCUUUCUCUCUCCCUUCGUACUUUUAAACCUCUUGAUUCUUUAUACGAACAAACAUCAAAUUAUAUACUCUUUCACAAACCCUGCAGACUUACUCAACUAAACCGAAUGAUCUCUCAAAAAAUGCCUUCAAAUCCUCCUAAAUCCUCUAUUUUACUCCAGAGAAUCAACAACACGGCCACCACCACCGCCACCACAGCUAACAGACUUUGCCAGAAAGGCUUCCAAAAGCGCUUUCCUUUAACGUCUGCCACCCCCGUGCCCGACACCAUCGCACGUUACCACGUCCACGCCGUGGGUCCCAACCAGUGCUGCUCCUCCGUCGUCCAGCUGAUCGCUGCUCCUGUCUCCACCGUCUGGUCAGUGGUUCGCCGCUUCGAUAACCCACAAGCUUACAAACACUUCGUCAAGAGCUGCCACGUCAUCAACGGCGACGGCGACGUCGGUACUCUACGUGAGGUGCACGUCAUCUCCGGACUCCCAGCCGCUAACAGCACCGAGCGUCUCGAGAUCCUAGACGACGAGCGCCACGUCAUCAGCUUCAGCGUGGUGGGCGGUGACCACAGACUCGCGAAUUACAAGUCCGUUACAACGCUCCAUCCUUCACCUGCCGGUAACGGAACGGUGGUGAUCGAGUCGUACGUGGUGGACGUGCCACCGGGCAACACAAAAGAAGACACCUGCGUGUUCGUGGACACCAUUGUACGUUGCAAUCUCCAGUCACUCGCUCAGAUCGCCGACAAUCUAGCGAGACGCAACCUCAACAACAAUACAGGUCAUCGUCGUGAGUGAAAAGUUUAGUGAAUUAUCAUCAUCAUCAUCAUUAUUAUUAUUACAAUACUUGAUCUUAGUACUGUUUCCCCAUCAAUGUCUUUGGUAAUACGCCGUCGUUUUUUUCUUUUUUCCUUUUUUUUGUGAGUAAUAUCCGAUGACAGUUGCCAAAAACAAUAUCGUUGCCCCGUUCAUCAUCAUGUUCCUCAAUUUACCAUUUUCGUGUA